AUGCAAGCGGUCCACCAUGAUGCGCUCUCUGCCUUCGCAGAGCAACCGGUUCUUGUGGAUGGCUCAUCCCGGGACCUGUCGCUUAAGGGCCCCGUCCCCAAGAACGUCGCCUUCGAGUUACUAUUGGAUGAGAACUCCAAGGUUCGAGCCCGUAUCCCCAUGCGCGUUCAAAUAUACCCUCAUGAUACGACGGAUUCCAUCGUGACCACGGUCAAAAAUUUCUAUGGCAUCUACGACGGCACCGCCAGUGGGGUGAGCUUCGAGGAUGAACAUGGAAUCACCCUCAUCGCAAGGUAUGAAAACCUCAAGAGUAACGGAACAGUAUAUGUUCGAGUCAUUCCCAUUCAACCCUAUGGUGAAUUUUACGGUGGUUAUUCCGUUGAGCGCAAGCGACCCAGCUUAGGCGAACCUUUUCAGAUGGCCGAUGGCGUUGCACCAAUCCUUGAACAGCCACCGCGACCAUCAUCGCGGCUGGCAAGGAAUCGCAGUGCCUCUCCAUCUAACCGAAGCCUUCGCAGCGCCUCUCAGCACAAGUCGGUCUCUCGUAACGGCAUCAAAAGUCGGGGCUCGAGCCAUGCUGGCUUCCCUGAUGAUGACGGCCUAAGCGACAGCGAAGGAAGCUUAUCCCGCCGGUCUCGCGGCGACGCCUUCGCUAGCUCUGAAAUAAGUAUGGAGAAUAUACUACAAGAUGGUCGUCGCAAACGUCCCAAGUUUGACAGUUCGGAACUCCCACUUUUCGUUCCUCCACAAGUCCCUCUAACUACCUCUACCUCCUCUAUCUCUCCUCAACGUCGUUCCAUCGGCCAAGAAGGUGCCGGCUCACCUUUUGCUCGCCCUACCCACCGCCCAUACAACUUCCAGCAAGCGCUGCCGUCGCCACAAAGCUAUGGCCACAGUGAAUAUGGUGUACAAUCAGCACGUAAUGGUGUAUAUGCGACGCCUAUGGUCCCAGACCAUGCGCACCGUGUACCAUAUAGCAAUUCUGCUCCGCGAGUGAGUGGUCCUGGCAUUCUGCCUACUCCAGACCCCACUAUCGCCAGCUGUAUUUCCGACGAGGACGUCGCUAUGCAGCUAAUCCGCCUCGGCGAUGCCUCCAACUUCUCUCAUGGCCGCACCUCGGCGUCAACAUUGGACGAUGCUUUCAGUGGCGCUGCCGACGCCGCCUCUUCCACUGGCGCAACCAGCGAAGGCGAGGACUUUAGCGAGGACGAAGAUGACCUGCCUGCCCGUCGCAGACUUGAGUCAAGUCCCAUGCUUCCGCCGGGUACCAUCAAGCGCCAUCACAAGCGCUUGGAUGACAUCCUUCCCAGUGCUGACAGCAGUGACCACAGUUCUGACGGUGCCGAUGAGGGCAUUAAGAGCGAAGCCGAGGAUGACAUCUUGUAUAAGGAGUUUGCUCCCAAGGCCAAAAAGCCCAAGAGCCGCCCAAUGUCUAUCAAGCCUCGCAGUAAGCCUGCGCCAAAGCCCAUCAAGACCAAGAAUGCAGCGGCGCCUGUCUCUCGCAAGCCUUCUGAUAAACCAGCUGGGCCUGUUGCCCCUCUCAGCCCCAACUCUGCCCGCAAGGUCUCCGGUGGCUCCGUCAACUUUCAGCACCAGCUCGGAGCAGAUGAAGAGGAUCUCUCUACCAAGCCUCGCUGCCAACGCUGCCGUAAGAGCAAGAAGGGCUGUGAUCGUCAACGUCCGUGUGGACGUUGCAAGGAUGCCGGAAUCGGCAUCGAAGGCUGCGUCAGCGAGGACGAGGGCAAUGGUCGGAAAGGCCGAUAUGGACGCCACAUGGGUGUCCCGGUCAAGAAAAACGGCGAUGGCGAAGAAGAAGAAGAUCUCUCAGACGACGGCCACAGCCAUGAGCAUGAGCAUGAGUUCCCGCCGAUGCCAGACACACCGCUGGUAGGCGUGGACAACAAGAAGCGAAAGCGCUAG